AUGUCGAACCGUCCUAUGAACGAUGAGGAGGUUCUCUCCGAGAUGAAGAAGAUGGUGGCUUUCAUCAAGCAAGAGGCAGUCGAAAAGGCACGGGAGAUCCAGAUCAAAGCCGACGAAGAAUUCGCCAUCGAGAAGGCCAAGAUCGUUCGUCAGGAAGCCAUCAACAUCGACUCGCAGUACGACAAGAAGAUCAAGCAGGCAGAGACCGCCAACAAGAUUGCUCAGUCCAACCAGACCAACAAGUCGCGAUUGAAGAUCCUCCAAACCCGUGAACAGCACUUGCAGUCUCUCUUCGAUGCUACGCGGGAAAAGCUCGACGGCAUUGCCAAGGAUCAGGAAAAGUACAAGAAGCUCCUGAGCCAGCUCAUUCUCCAGGGCUUGCUGCAGCUGAUGGAGCCCAAGGUUGUCGUCACCGUCAAGUCAAAUGACGUGCAGCUCGCACAAGAUGCGGCCAAGCAAGCUGAGAAGGACUUCAAGGAGAAGUCGGGCAAGUCGACCAACGUCACUGUUCAGGAGGGUCUCGACAAGGACAGCGCUGGUGGCGUUACCCUCGCAGGCCACGGCGGCAAGAUCACAAUCAACAACACUCUCGAUGAGCGUCUGCGUCUGCUCGAGGACCGCAUGCUCCCCGAGAUCCGACUCGACCUCUUUGGGCCUAACCAGAACCGAAAGUUCACUACCUAG